UCGUUGGUCAUUAUUAUUGCCAGGCUUGCAACGUGCGUGUGUGGUGUGCGGCAAGGUGAGGGCGCCGAGGGCGCCAACCGCGGUCCCCGCCGCUGCGCGGCGGCGAGCGGGCGGCGGCGCGCCACAAGCCCUUCAUGCGGCGCUCGCUGGGCGCGGGCCGGCGGCGGGGGCGGGGGCGGGGGGGGCGGGCGCGGGCGCGGCGCGUGGCCGCCAAGGCCUGCGUGCACGCUCCAUGCAUCCCGACUACCUGCGGCGCCUCAACGCCUGAUUGAAGAAAACAUCGUGGACAACAUCUCUGUGCGCGAAUGCUCGAAGUGAGAAGUCGAGUGGGAUACGAGGCACACCAAAGCUGAAGCAAGAUUGAAGCAUUGAAGCUUGUCGAAGCACUCAAACUCUUCUGAAACGUCUCCAGACUUCUCACGUCAAAAUAUUGCAAGGGCUGAAGAGACUCGCUCUGAUAAGUGUUUGUGAGAGGUUGUUUGUUUCGUUCUGUAAAUGUCUAUGUAGACAAAGGGAGCGCAUUUUCUUGAACAAACGUCUCGUGAGAUUACUUUUUUUCUUUAGAACGAAGGACGCAAUACCUGCUAUCUUUAUUCAGCAUUUAUGAGAACUAAUGAGCAAUUUUCUUUUGAGAAUGUUAAAUUUAAUCAGUUUAAGAAAAUUCUGUGUAAUUCAGGUAAUAACUUCGGGAAAAUGCAGAAGUCUAUUUUUGUAUAUGUAGAACAAUGCGUGAGCUAUCCUUGUCUUAUGAUUGCUUUCAUUGUAAACGAAAUGAAUAUGUCUCAAUUACGAUUAUCAUACGAAUACGACAAUGUCUACGAUUAUCAUGCGAAAGCAAGAUUUAUACUUCGUAAGUCUGUUAUAAUUUGAUAUACAAUUUUAUUUGUUAUGCUGUUUUUAAUAAAACAUUACAA